AUAUCUCUAUUAUUUUGGCUCAACAGUUCUUUAACUAUUUCAAACUCAAAUCAGUCAUUGCAAAAGAAAAGGAAAUAAUUUGCGAUUAUUCGGGAAAUGUUUACACCUUUUAAACAUAUCAAAGGAUUUAACAGUUGAAAAAUAUAACUACCAUCUCAUUUCCUGAACGGGGGUGAAAAUGUCGUCUCCCUGGUCCUGCUUGAAACUCAACUAUGUUCCCAUGACGAUGGGUGUUAUAUGUUCCUUAGGCUUAAUCACAUGCUACAUCGUUGCAGUCCUUAGAAAUGAUGUCAGUCCAUAUGUGCCUUUUAUCAGUGAGACGGGUGGAAAAUUCCCUGAAGCUGGUUUAUUUAGUAUAUUCCUCUAUCUUACGAGUACAAUAGCUUUAUCAACGAUGUUCGUCCGUUACAUGAUUGUGGCCGAACUGAACAAAGGAAUUGACCGAAUGACGGACGUAUUGAACAGGGCGAGCAUUGUCAUUGGUUUCAUAGCACUCAUGGGAAUGGUUGUGGUGGCAGCCUAUCCGAUGACGAGCAUCGGGACGGUCCAUGGCAUCGGAGCAAACGUUCUGUUCUUGGGAGGUGUCAUCUAUGCCAUCUUGCAGACAUUCCUCACUUACAAGAUGUCACCCACCUACAAUGGUCUCACCAUUUGUCACAUUAGGUUGAUAGUCACGUGUAUAGCAGCCAUCUCCCUCAUAGCCAUGCUGGUCAUAGGACCUUUGGCCUUUGAUGACUGGACAUCUGUAUAUCACGACCACUGGACCGGAAGUAAAGUACCGAAUGAUAAAGGAUUUGGUCUGAUGUUGGGAAGCGCUAUAGCUGAAUGGGCUAUGGCUCUAUCGUUCCUCGCCUAUUAUUUUACUUUUAUCCGUGAAUUCGGAAAAGUGUUCAUGCACUUGAGGGUGCAACUUCUCGUCACCCAUUUCGAUGAAGAACCCCAGGACAUCAACACUGCCAAUGAACGGACACCCAUGGUCAUGUGAUAUCUCUCUUAAAUCUCAAUUUUACUUCGUCAUCAUCGUUACAGAUCAUCUUUUUUAAUAAUAAAACAAUUUCUUCAGUUGUC